UCUAUUAAUCCAGCUUUCCAAGCACGCCAUUUGCUGCUUUAUCCUGGCUAACUGCAAGAAGUAGGGCUUGGAUGCGUUCUGUUAAGCACAGCUAAGCCGCGGUUAGAUAGUGUUUUUUACAAAUCGAUUGUGCCGCGUAUGGAAGGCUCCUAGCAUAGGUCGCCGGGGCCCUCCCCUGGCUAGUCCAUAACUCGCCGCCAGCAUUUUGCCGCUGUUUCUAACACAACGCUCUCAAGAUAACAUACGAGAACCCAUUCUCACUCUUUAGUUAUUAGCUUCAAAGCUUUCUGAACUGAGGCACUGUCGCGGAGAGGCCUAGCCCACAGCGGUUGCCUGAAUCCGCGUCGCCAUGGCUGACCUCACAAACGAUCCCACGGUGCCGCUCAUCGCGCCGGAAAGCCCAAAACACGUCGAUGAGGGCGUUAUGGGCUACGGCGGCCAAACCCACCACCGACCGCCUGGCGAGCCGGGCCAUGUCCGCACGCUGGGGCUGCUGCCGCUGGUUACGCUCAUCUUUUUCGAAGUCAGCGGUGGCCCCUUUGGCACAGAGGACGCCGUGUCCGCCGCGGGUCCGCUGCUGACCAUCCUGGGUUUCCUGCUGUUCCCGCUGCUGUGGUCGGUGCCCGAGGCGCUCAUCACGGCCGAGCUGGCAACCGCAUUCCCGGAGAACAGCGGCUACGUUGCCUGGGUGACCGCCGCGUUCGGCCCCUUCUGGGGCUUCCAGGAGGGGUUGUGGAGCUGGCUGAGCGGUGUGACGGACAACUCGCUCUACCCCGUCAUGCUGGCCGCCAACCUGCAGAUCUUCUUCCCGCAGCUGGAGUCGGGCUGGCCGCGGGUUGUGUUCCUGGUGGGCAUGUCGCUGCUGCUGUCCGCCCUCAACUACCGCGGACUCACGGUGGUGGGUCACGCGGUGGUCACCUCCAGCCUCGCAAUCCUGCUGCCCUUCGGCGUGCUGUGCGUGCUGUGCCUGCCGCACCUGCAGAUGUCCAACUACGUGCGUGUGGAUUGGGAUUCGGUGGAUUGGCCCACCUUUCUGAACGUCAUGUUCUGGAACCUCAACUACUGGGACUCCGUGUCCACGCUGGCGGGUGAGGUUCGCGACCCCGGCCGCACCUUCCCCCGCGCGCUGCUGCUGGCGGUGCUGCUGGUGGUGGCGAUGUACCUGCUGCCUACUGCCGCAGCGCUGGGAGUGCUGGGGGGCGGGGGCGGGGAAUGGACGCUGGGGUACUAUGGAACGGUGGCGCAGAAGGUGGGCGGUUCCUGGCUGGCCGCCUGGAUCGUGGUGGCCGCCGCGUGCAGCCAGGUGGGGCAGUACCAAGCCGAGAUGGCCUCCGACUCAUACCAGGUGCAGGGCAUGGCGGAACGCGGCUUCCUGCCGCGCGCGCUGGGGCGCCGCAGCGUGCACGGCACCCCCGUGUACGGCAUCCUGCUGAGCUCGCUGGGCGUGCUGUGCCUGGCCAGCAUGUCGUUCGUGGAGAUCGUGACGCUGCUGAACGCGAUCUACUGCCUGGCGGAGUUGCUGGAGUUUGCGGCCUAUGUGUGGCUGCGGGUGAAGCGGCCUGACCUGCCGCGACCGUACAGGGUUCCCCUGCCCGUGUGGGGCCUCAUCCUGAUGCUGCUGCCCGCCUCGCUGCUGCUGCUGGUGGUGCUGGCGCUGCCCUUCAUCAACCGCGACCUGCCCACGGUGGCCUGGACGCUGGGGGCGGUGGCACUGGGGUUCGUCAUGUACCCCGCACUGCAGUUUGCCAAGGCGCGCGGGUGGAUGGAGUUUGAGGAAAUGCACUUUGAUUGCGCCAACGUAUACGAGGAGCAUGCGGCGGCGGCAGCGGGGGGAGGAGUCGCGGGGGCUGACAUGUACGACAACGGUAACGCCGUCAACGGUCAGUACGGCAGCAGUGGCAACGGUAACGGUAACUGCAACCACCACAACCACCACGGCUCGGCUCCCGCGGGAGUCCUGGUGGUUGCUGUACCUAACGGUAACGGCGCCCUGCUUCCAACCAACAACGGCAGCAGCGGCAGCAACAACGGGGCCAGUGCGGCAGCGGUUUCGGUGGUUGUUGCGACUGGCGAUGUGGAGGGUAGCGGUACUGGCGGGGUGAUGACGGGUGUUCCGGUGAGCAGUCGGGCCGGUGCGGGUGCGGGUGCUGAGGAGGG